AUGUCAAAUGCUGGUGCAGCUAUUCCACAAGGGGAGGACGUAGUUUCACAUUGGAAUUCCGAGAGUACAGUACCAAGCGAUGUGCACAUCAAUACACCUAUGGACUUAUCAGGUGAUAUGAUUGAGGUGGAAACACCAGUCAUGAACAUUCCACAUGAUGAUCAAUCAGGAUGCUCUAAUGCAAAAAAUUCAAUACCCCAAGCAACACCUGAACGAGGCCUGAACCAUGAUGUGCCUUCAGGUAAGGAGACUGCUGCUUCACUCAAUAAUACCAGGAUGAUUCUGAUAGCAAAACGACAAGUUCAUACGUCAUUGCCCUUAUCAGAUGAAAUUCCGAAAUUGACUGAUCAAUCGACAUCAUCAACAAUCGGAAGGACUCCAUCAGGAAAACAAAUACCGAGUUUGAAUGAAAGGACGUUAAAUGAAGCAACACCCAAAUGCGAAACGAAACGAAGUUACCGCCCAUUCGAUGAUUCUUCAACAACAUGGAAAAGAAUUGUAAAAUAUCUGGAUGCUAUGAAUACUGAGGCUUCUUCUGAUGCUUUCAAACCGAUGAGAGACUUUAGGAAGGGAGGAAAAGUAGGAAACGCCAAAGCCCUGGAAUGGAGACAUCAAACGUAUCACCCAAUACUACAAUUGUUCCUCAAGUACCUGAGUUCUCAACUCUCUUAG